GGCGCUGGGGCGCAGGUGCAGGUCGCAGGGGCCCUGGGGUUCAGUCAGGGCCGCGGCUGUGAGAGCGCGCGAGGGGCGCACGGCAGAGCCGGGUCAGAGGAGGAGCGCGCAGCCCGCUGCGAGCAGGAUGGGCUGUGGACCUUCCCAGCCUGCUGAGGAACAGAGAUUCGUCCCCACGCCCAGGAGGGGCUGGGAAGAGGGAUUCAAGGCAGAUGUGGGUGUGAUUCAUUCCGGGGAGAACCGAAGACCCCAGCCAGAGGCUGUGCUGUGCAAAGACUCUGUGGACAGCCCCGAAAACCGGGAAAAACAGGUCCAGUUGGAAAGCUUACCCGGAACCAUUCCAGAAAGUUCCCCAUCUCCUAGUGGAAGAAACAGAAGAAUAAAUUUAGACUUAGCAAACAAUGGAUUAAUCCAUAAACCCCAACCUCCACAGAAUCGAGAGCGACAAAAGUCAUCAGACAUCCUAGAGGAAUUAAUUGUUCAAGGAAUAAUACAAAGCCACAGCAAAGUAUCUAGAAAUGGAGAAUCGUACAAUAUCAUGGUGGACACGACUGAGAAGCCACUGAGAAAGCCACCAGCCAGGCUGGAAAAACUCAAGAUCAAGAAGGAAGUAAAGGAUUUCACAAGGAAGGACCUAGAGGAAAGGAUGCAGGCAGCAGCAGAGCGCAGGAAGAUGAAAGAAGAAGAAAUAAGAAAAAGGAUACAGAGUGACCGAUUUUUGUCCCCAGUCAAUCUCUCAGAUUCAGCUGAACCAGGUGGGGCUGAGGUUCCAUUUGCCAAAGGACUUAACCAUGUGGGUUCUGCCGUGUUUGAACCAUCAGACCUCCAGGGAGGAAAGCUGUUGAAAAGGAAGAAGAGCAAAAGUGACACAACCUCAAAUGACAGAAACUACGGUUAUGAAGGUAUUGGUGUCGUGGAGUCAGACAUGUCCUACAACCAAGAAGAUGACAUAUUCUAAUGAGCCAUUUUAUGUGAAUUCUUUGAAAAGGCAUCCAUUCUCCCCAGCCAUGACAUGCUUAGUAUGUCUCAUCUUUUUCUUGGACUGCUUGAUCCCAUGGACUGGAAGUUAGUUGAGUAAAUUAAAUGGGUAAUACCUAUGCUACCUAAAAAAAAAGAGAGAUUCGACUUCCUUCAAUAUUAAAAGUUGACAUUCUCUUUCAUUGUGGCUUUAAAUAUUGUGAAGAUAUCUUUAUGAGUACCUCCCAGUUUACAUCAAUGUAUUUGUGCCAAAUCAGACCUUGCUUUUUCACUCCUGCCCCUAGGCUGUGUCCAUCCCCUCUGAAUGCCCUUUAAGACAAAUGUCAUGGAUCUUAUCAACUGAUGGUCAUUGGUACAAAUACAAUGCCAACACAAAUCCCUGUUUUAGGGUGCAGUGAAGAAGGAAACUUCAUUCAGUUCAAAACAGUUCAACUGUGAUACAACACAGCUGUGAAAACAGCAUGGCUCUGAGGCAGCCCUGGGGGCAGGCCCGCCUUCAGUUAGACAGCUCUGCUCUGCUCUGUUCUAAUGAGACAUCUGCAGUGUUUCAGCUCAGGAGCCUCGGUCUCCAAUCUUCAGUGGAAAGGGAAAGAUGGCUCUCAGAGCCAGAAAGAAGCUGCCUUACAUGGACUGAAGUCCCCACCCCUGUAUCCCUGAUUGGUCUAUCCUCAUGCAAAUGAGGACUCCAAAUCCUUGCAGUUUAAUUGAUCCAAACAGCACUGUCCUGAUUCGUCAAAAUAGAGCUGCUCUGGUUUGUUGGAGCUGUGCAGCUCGACUUGGAUGAGGAAAGCCUCAGUUCUGUUGGUUGAAAUAGGAUUCCAGGAACUCCUUUAUAAGGGCUGGCUCAGAUGGCAGAAACACAGAAAACAGGCAGUUCAAUGCAAAGGCAGGCUUCUCCCUGAAGUGCAGUUUGCAUGAGAGGUCCCUGUACAGAAAUGGCUGCUAGACUCUAUUGUUUAAAAUUUCAGCCCAGUUAGCCACCAGGAUCCCUGCUUAGUAGGUAUCUUUUUUCUCAGGGUCACAAUCUAUAUUAUGUAUUUUAAUUAUCUGUGUGCAUACUCUGGUUUCUCUUCAGAUCAUAUAAAUCUUUCACCUUUUUAAAAUUAUCUGUGUGCUUCAUAUGCUGUAUAUUUUUUAAAAUUCUCUUUUGUUGUAAAGGAAUAAAGCAGCAUCUUGAAGUUGGUUGAAUCCAUGUAGCUUAAGGAAGAAAUAUGCAACCCUCAGAGCUAAGUACAGUAUAGUUUCUUUCAUAUAAUAAAGGAAAAACUUCAUUUGUGUCUAGGGGGUAGGAGGAGGUCCUAGGUAGAAGGUAAAGAGUGAGGAGGCCCUAAUGCCACUGCCUUACUUCUCUGAAGGCACUCUGGGCUAAAGAACUUGGGGCCCUCAUCCUAUUGGAAUUAUACUUUGGUUCUUCCUUCUCCCUUGUCCCCACAUCCAAUCAAGUAUUAGUUCUAUGAGUCUACAUUCUAAAGAUCUCCUGUACCUAUCUUCAUACUUUUUUCUAGUCACUACCUAGUUUAGACCACCCUGUCAUCAUUCAACUGGAUUACUUCAAUGAUUUCCUUGACCUUUAUACAACAGUCCUCUGUAUAAAACCCUUUCUUGGUUCCUUUCAUUGUCAAGAUAAAGUCCAGGCUCCUUUUUGCAACUGG